AGAUUAAUUUGUUAAAACAUUAUUUUAACUAGUGCGAUAUGAUAGUUGUUGAAGCUUAUAAAAGUGAUAUGCCAGUGUUGAAGAAGCAAAAUCAAAUUUUUUUUUAAAAAUAAUUUUUCAUUUAAUUUUACCUUUUUAAAUUAAUUAGAGUAAUUUUCAAUAUAAUGGCAUUGUUAUUACGUAACGUAUUAUCUAAAGAAAAUAUUAAACUUACCACUUUAUACUCGUAUAGUAGAUUUAAAACAACAAAAUCUGAUAAACCAAUUAUAUCUCAAAUUGACAAUUUAGUAAAAAAAAAAAAAAUUGUAGUUUUCAUGAAAGGUGAUCCAGAAGCGCCAAGGUGCGGUUUCAGUAAUGCAGUUGUAGACAUAUUGAGUAUUCAUAAAGCUAAGUUUGAUGCACAUGAUGUUUUAAAAGACGAAAAUUUAAGGAAUGGUGUCAAAGAGUAUUCCAAUUGGCCUACAAUACCUCAAGUAUUUGUUAAUGGUGAAUUUAUAGGUGGUUGUGAUAUUAUGUUACAAUUGCACAGAUCCGGAGAAUUAGAUAAAAUAUUACAGAAUGACAAUAUCAAAACAAAUUCAGAGGAGAAGCCAAACACAUAAUAUAUGAGCAAUUUAAAUAUUAGUGAAUAAUUUUGCUUAAUAUUAUAUUUUGGAGAAAAUAGUUACGUGAUACUAAUAAAAAAUGUUGUUUAUUAAUAAAAUAAUAUAAAUGGUUAAUAUCUUUUAA